AUGAAGACGGCGUCAGCAGAGCGGCUUGCAAAGCGGACGGCCGUCAAGGAGCGCACUCGGCAGUCGCUGAAGGACAAGGAGAGGGCCGAGUACACGCGGCUCGUCGAGAGCAACCCCAAGCUGCUCGGCGGCCUAUCUGCCGGCCGUCCCUCUGCCGCUCGCAAGUCACGACAGAAGAACAAGUCAACUAGUGUGGCUGUCAGUGGUGCUGUGGUGGGUACUCGUGCUGUUGUCCGUGAGUUGCCCGCUGAUACCGCUGUGCCUGAGUCGUCAUCUGCUGGUGUGUUGCCGUCUGCUGCCAUCCCCCUCCCCCCCUCGCCCCAGCAGGCGGUCGACCAGCACACUGCCGACAGCAUCGGAGUACACAAAGAGGACGGCCAGGCAGCAGCAGGGGGAUCGGAUGGCUCACGUGGGUGUGGUGACAAUGGACGAGGCGAUAUCGCCGGUGUGGUGGACGGUGAUGAGGGUCUCUCUGCCGGUGCCUUCGUGGAGCAGCCUGCUGUCGUCGUGUCCCCUUCCCCUCCCCUCCCCAAUCACAACGACGUGGCCGGCCUGCCGACGGACCGCGCCACGGCUGGUGAGCAGCAGCAGGAGGGCGGUGUGUGUGGUGGCGGUGAGGGUGCGGCUGGCGUGUCAUCGUCCUAUGUGCGUGGGGACAGCUAUGAGUUGAGGAGUGAGGGCUUCAGCCGCCUGACGACAGUGCGGCCGUGUCGUGCGGCCGCGGCUUACAUGAGCCGCGCCAAUGCCGCCAUCGGCCAGUGGGCCCCCAAGGCCGUCAAGGUGCAGCGGGGAGGAGCCGAGGAGAAGUGAACAAGACCGACAGACAAGGCAGACCAACAGAGAAGGGGAUGCGAUUGGCUGGCCGGC